GCAUUCGUCUCGUCUGAUUUGUCAGCCUUUUCCCUUCCUCUUCCUGCCAUUUUGUUUUAUCGUUUGCGGUCGUGGUGUUGACGUUAUCUUUCUGUGUUUUCGCCAUUGCUGUAAUUUUCUCAAUUUAUUGUUGUUUGCGGUUGUUGCAGUCAAGUAGAAAAUGGCCAACCGAAGACCUCAGGGCGGCGGUCGCCGUAUGGAUUUCGGUCACAAUGAUCGCGGGAAGAACUUUGGGCGUUCCGGCGUGUCGCCGUGGCAGGGCGGCGGACCUAGCGGCGGCCUACCUAACCUUCUACCGCUUUCCGGUGUUCCUACCGAAGCCACGCUGGCGUUAGCCAGCAACAUCAUCAACUUGCUGCAGCCGAGGCAGAAUCCUGUCCCAUCCCUGCUGGACAUGCCUAUCAGGCGCGACUUCGGACCUGACAUGGGCCGGUAUGACAGAGGUUAUGGUGGACCUAAUCGGAUGGGCAAUCAGGGUAAUUUCCGGCGAACGGGGAAUUACAACAAUCGCACGGGUGAGCGUAUCAACAUGAAUCGUAAGCCGUUCAGGCCCAAUGACGGGCGCCACCACCACAAGAACUCCCCGAAAAAGGAAGCCGAUUCCAAGGCUAAACCUGUCAAGGAGAGCGAAGAGAAAGACAAGGAUUCCAAGGACGAAGACUCCAAGAAGGAAGCCCCGAAGACUCGCUACGAUGACAUCGACGCCCAGUUGCUUCGGUGCCAUAUCUGCCAUAAGAGCAUGUGGGACGGAAGGAGUUUCGAGAACCAUCUGAGCGGCCGGGCGCAUGCCAUCAUGAUGCAGAAGACUGCGGAGAGUUAUGCGCUCACUGCUGAUACUAUGAGGCAGGAAUACAAGAUCCGCGAGAUGAAACGCACCCGCAAAUCCGGACAGCAGCCGGCGCGCGACUUUUACUGCGCUAUGUGCGACAUGUACGCUGCCGAUGGUGCUGUUCAUCGCACUACCGUUGGCCACCGCAAGCUGAAGAAAUACCUGCACCCAACCUGUACAUGCUGUCACAAGGAGAUGCCGACCCGUAUUGAACUAGACGAGCACCGUCUCAGCGCGGAGCAUCUCCGGAAUAUCCAUGACAAGAAUGAGCUGGUCACCAAGCCCAAGCCUGAAGUGAUGGUGAUCUCGACUCUGACCAUGGAGCAGUCGUACUUGCGAGAGGACCGCGAGCGCCGCAAGCCUCACGACGGCAAGGAGAAGGCCGCUGAGAAGGAAGGCAACGAGGACGGCGAGGUGGAAGUGAAGACAGAGCCGGUGGAUGGCGAGGAAGCUAAGCCGGAGAAGGAAAGCAUUGACAACGAGAAAACCAUCCUCGACUACAAGGAGGGCGAUGACUUGUCCAAUGUUACUCCGGAUAUGCUGCCCGCUUACAGCACUGAGCGCGGCGUAGGCGCCUCCUUCCUUCAACCCUUCCACUGCGUGCAAUGCAAGCUGUGCCGCAAGCUGCUGGACGGCGAUGAGACCGCUGAAGUCCACCUGAGGACCUGGAGACACCACCAGCUGUUCACUCGCCUGCUGACCCAGCAGCAGGAGGCUAAACAGCAAGCAGCGGAAGUAGAAGCCGAGAAGGCCGAGCAAGAGUCCAACAAGCGCAACGCCAAACCCGAGGAGAGCGGCAACUGGAAGCGGCGCCGCACUUCCGAGAACGGACACGAGAACGGUUUAGAAGAGGACGUCUGUAUGAAGGAUGAGCUCGACGGCGAAGCUGAAGGCGGCGCGGAGCUGCCGCCGGACGACGCGCUGGAGGACUGGGAGCAGAGCGUCGAUGAGAUCUUGCAGGAUGAACGUACCGAUCAGGAGCAAAACAACGAGGAGGAUAACAAUGAGCCCGAAGAGGAAGAAUCUCGCGAGGAACCGCCUCAGGAGCAGUCUCCGCCGCCGGCGCCCGCCGCCGCCGACAAGAUCGACCCGCCCGCGCGCGCCUCGCCGCGAGCCUCGCGCGCGCGCCGGGGACGGUACUAGCCCGGCUCCUCGCACCGCACUGCCCGCCACACGACACAUCUUCACGACAACCACUGUCCCGACAAGAUGCCGAUCAUGUACACUCCGUAGACAACUCGUAAUCCAUUAAAAUUGUACAACCUAACCACAAAAUUAAAAUUUUGAAAAAAACCCCGACCGCGACAUAGUAGACCGAGUUUCAUGAAACAUGGCCAAGAACACUCCCGACUAACAGCUUUCAGAAAAAAAAAACUAAAACAAAAUCGAUUCAUCUUUGGGAACUACGAUGCCACAGACGGACACCACACACAUACAUACAGCCAGACAGACACGUCAAACUUAUAACACCCCGUCAUUUUUGCGUCGGGGGCUAAAAAUGAGACCUCAAAAGCCUCCUAUCGACAGACCCCUCCCCCACGCCCACAGUCGUCGAGAAGACUAAUGACUACACCGCAACAUACUCUUUGAAUUACACGACCACUUUCGCUCACGACGACCACUGUCCGGCCAAAGUGCAGUCGUCAACACUUUAUAAAAAAUGAAAUCUCAAAAACUGGCAGGUAAAGAACAGACCGGCUGAGAAGUUGGAACCUCGCGUACCUCACCGUGCGCCGCGAACGCUAGUAGCUCACACUAGCCACUAGGUCACACCACAGUCACCACACUACCGCUCUGCAUCACGCUAACCGAGUUAAGCGCUACGUACUAAGGUGGGUCACUCUUGUAUGGAGAAUAAAUAAAUAUUGGGGACACCUUACACAAAUCAACUUAGCCCCAAACUAAGCAAAGCUUGUACUAUGGGUGUUAAGCGACGAUAUACA